AUGCCUGCAAAUCUCAUGAAGAAUAUCACUCGUGCACGUAAAAAAGCGAUCAAAUGUGUGAAUGCCGCAGCUCGAAAAACUAGCUCCAAAAAGUCAGGUGUGAAAUUACCGCAUUGUGAAGAUGACUCCAAAGUUCUGCGUAAACCGUCUCGAAGAAGUGUUGGCUCAUUGUUGAAGGCAGCUGCUGCAAAACGUGAUAUUGAUUCUGAUAAGGAUACAUCAGCAGUAACAUUUCUGCAAACGAAUGAAGAAGAUUUCAACGAAAUUGAUGAGAAGAAACGAGAUGGAACAAAGCAGUCAGCUUUUCUCGUUGAUCGCAUGCAACGAAUCCUAUCGACAUCUGCAUCAUAUCUGGACUCGAUAUCCGCAAAUCCGACUGAUCCAUCGGAUCUCAUCAAUCCGUCAAAUAAUCCACAAUUCUCUGCAUCUCUGAAUUCUGAUGACAGUCCGAAUUUUUCAACGCACACAACAAAUACCACGGCUGUACUGAAUUCAACAUUCCAGACUACUCCAGAUCAUGAACAUUUUUCUCAAAAUAAUCAGCCAGAGACUGAACCUACGCUCUCCGAUAUAGUGAAGUUGUCUGUAUCAGCAAACAUUCCAAUUACUUCUGUUGCUUCCGAAUUUCUCUCCAACAAGAGGGAAUGGUCAAUUGUUGUUCCUUCUUCAAAAUCGAAUCCGACUGCUGACGAUAUGAUGAAUCCAACUUCAAGCGCCAAAAACGCUGUUUCAUGCGUUAAUGUCUCGGAUAUCUCACGUCGGAAUGGUUCCACAAGUGCGCUUUCUAGUUGUAUUGUCACCUCCGACAGUGUCACUACGAGUAAUUCACAAGUUCCGAUGGCUACAGCAACAGCCACCGCUACGGCUACUGCAACUGCAACAGUUUCAUCAAGUCAUGAUUAUUUCGAUUCUGAAUUUUGUCGAUCCAAAAGAAGUUGUUCUCGUAAACGUAAAAAGGGCCAAAAUACAAUUGGGGCGCUCAUUAAAAGACAUCAAGGAGCGUCGUCUUCGGUAUGGGCUGCUUCAGAAGCAGAACAGCAAUUGUUUUUGCGUGCGUCGUGUAGCAGUAUUUUUGAGGCUGAGGCUCCCGAGGAGGAUGAGGACCAAGCAGAUAUCACUCCAAACAUGUGUCAGUGUGGCGAGAAAGCAUCUGCGAAAUUAACAGAUAAGUUGAGCAAAGAUGCACGAUUGGAGACGGUUAUCAACAGUGUUUUGAACGCCGAUCGAGGAUCAGUGAAGCAGAGCGUUGAAAAUAACGACAGUCAAAAUAACUGUAAAGAUAAUAACUGUUGUAACAAUCUUAACAGUAGCAAUACUAAUAGCAAUGAUUACAAUAAUGGUAAUAGCUGCCACCGAAAGAGUGCUGAUAAAAGUGAUCAAGCCUCAUUAGCAUCGUUAUCUUCGUUGCAAACGAAUACUCAACCGGGACUGAUAACAAUUGACGAUAGCGAUAGUGACGAUGCUGGUUCUGUGCGUAAUCGACGAAUCGGUAAUCGCGAUUCUGAAUCUGGUAUCACCUCAGCGGAUAUCAGAUGCUCAGCUGAACUCUCAAAGACUCCAUCAGUGACAGUCACAAAUCGAGGAUUACCUUCAGAUAUUGCCCUAAAUUGUUCUCUUAGAUCGACUUGUUCUCCAUCAUACGCUCUACCAACGCACUCAGUAUUCCGGUUGGCCUUGAGUAAUGUGCCGAUCACGCAGAAUGUACGAUAUUUGGAUUCCGGACUAACGUUUUCGUUGAAUGCAUGCGAUCACCCGAUAGCCAUAAAUGAGCGAUACGUGAUAUUUACGACAGAUAAGUUGUUGGAUUUGCUGGAAUGUGAUGAAUGGUCGAUUGAUAUCGACACAGUUGCCUUACCGGACUCGUUCGCAUACGGUCAGCUGCUGAAUUUUUAUCGCUGUAUCAAUGGCUACAAUAUACGUUGCGCAUGGAUUCUGCUGUGCUCACGUAAUGUGGCGUUAUGUGCUCAAGCGUUAAAAUCACUGAGGUCAACACCGAAGAAUUUGCAUCCGAAAGUGAUCAGCAUUGACUAUGAUCGAUCGUUAAUGGUUGCGGUUGAGCGAGCGUUUCCUGGUGUUCGCAUUGUGGGAAGUUAUGAGCACAUGUGUCGUCGUAUCGCUGCUGAAAUCAAUCGACAUUCACUGGAUCAACUUUGUGCAGCGUAUUCUCAUACCGUUCAAAAAAUCAAACUUCUUUUGACACUCGCUCUAAUACCAGCUGAUUUUGUUUUGGAUAUUUUUCAAGAAUUAGAAGACCGAAUAAGUUUGCCAGUGGAAGCACAAGCAGUGCUUCAUUAUUUCGAGGAUACUUUCAUUGGUCGCCCUUUUCGUGCUAUUCGAAAAUCACCCGUUUUCAGUUUGAGUAUGUGGAAUAUUCAUCAAAAUCGACUGGCAUCUCAGCAUUCACCAUUCGAGACAGCUAAUUCUGAAGAACCUUUUCAGAUCUGGCCAAAACGCACAUGGGGACGUGAUCGAUGUGGAAGUUGUCGAUUGACGCUGAACGAUUUUGAGGCGAAUUUAAAGGAAGAAUACGCCGCAUCAAUGCAUUUAUAUGAGCAAUUGAUGUGCUUGAAUAUCACUUCCGAACAACAUGAACAGAUCAAAAUGCGCAAUAAUAAAACGAAAACAAUGAUCGCCAAUUUUCGUCGUGAUGAAGCAUUCGUCUUUCUCAACGAAAUGGCCAAACAAAUUCAGUUGUGA